CCCUCCACCCCUCGCUGCCUGUCAGCUCGCCCCCCCCCCGCCUCCCUCGAUCUCCCUCCGCGGCUCUCAGACGCUCGUAUCGCCGGUAGGUUAGCGGUGUUCGGUCUGUCAGCCCGCUGCACACACUGACGGCUUUGAUUCCCCCGCUACACUACAACCGACCGCGGAGGGACGGAUAACGGAGACGCCUCUCAAUGCGAUAUCCCCUGACUUAAACUAACGACAGCUGCAAGGAGACAAGUGGGAACAGUGAAAUCAGACUUCACACUCGGCCACCGAGGGACGACUGCAGCUAACACACAUCUUGGCACUUUGACCAGCCGGGGCGUCAGAUAAAUGGCUGACAAGCAGAUCAGUUUGCCUGCCAAAUUGAUCAAUGGGGGGAUCGCUGGCCUGAUUGGAGUGACCUGUGUGUUUCCCAUUGACCUGGCCAAGACUCGCUUGCAAAACCAGCAAAAUGGAUCUCGUCUUUACACCAGCAUGUCAGAUUGCCUUAUUAAGACCAUCCGGUCAGAGGGGUAUUUUGGGAUGUACAGAGGAGCCGCGGUGAACUUAACACUAGUCACGCCAGAGAAAGCCAUUAAAUUGGCUGCCAACGACUUCUUCAGGCAUCACCUCUCCAAGGACGGAAAACUCACUCUAAUCAAAGAGAUGCUGGCGGGGUGUGGGGCAGGUACAUGCCAGGUUAUUGUCACGACUCCUAUGGAGAUGUUGAAAAUCCAGCUUCAAGAUGCUGGACGAAUCGCGGCUCAGAGGAAGCUGAUGCCGGAGACGGUGGCAGCAGGAACUGUGGAGACCAAGUCCCAGACAGCCAUGCAACUCACAAGGGAAUUACUGAGGGAAAAGGGCAUCGCUGGGCUGUAUAAAGGUCUUGGUGCCACUGUGCUCAGGGAUGUUCCUUUCUCCAUGAUCUAUUUCCCCCUUUUCGCCAAUCUGAAUAACCUGGGAAAAAGAGGUGCCGAUGGACCUGCUCCUUUCUAUGUGUCAUUUAUAUCAGGCUGCCUCGCCGGGAGCACAGCGGCAGUUGCCGUCAACCCUAUUGAUGUGAUAAAGACUCGGCUGCAGUCCCUGAACAGAGGAAGCACAGAAGACACGUACAGUGGAGUGACAGACUGCAUCAGGAAAAUCAUGCGUAAUGAGGGUCCAUCAGCCUUCCUGAAGGGAGCCUACUGUCGAGCCUUGGUCAUUGCACCUCUGUUUGGCAUCGCUCAGGUGGUCUACUUCCUGGGUGUGGGUGAAUUUAUACUCAGCUUCUUGCCUAAAAAAGACAACUAAGAAGCGCCUCCUUUCUGCCUUUCCCUCCCAUAAUGGCCAAUCUGUUCAUUUUGUUUCCAAAUAUUUUUGUGUUGAAUGUUGAAAUAAUUUAGGAGAGAGCAUUUGUUUGCCAAGCUGCCUAUGGUGGCACACAAAAAUUCCAGUAGGCAGUGCUCAGCUAGCUCUCUGGAAAUCAAGCCACAAAUAUCAGUUGAAGUUUUAAUGGACUAUUGCUUUAAUAUUACAAUAUUUAAAUGCUCUUUUUGAAUAUGAUUGUGGACUUUGCAAAGUAGAUGUACUGCCCUUGGCUGCUGCAGUUCCACAGUCCCUGCAGUAUUUUAUUUCCAAAAAUCAGCCUCUAAAUCAAAGAAAAGACGAGUUAUAUGCAUUGAAAAUUAAAAUCCAUAACCAGCCAAAUUAAACAUCCAGUUUAUAUUUGAGACCAUUGGCUAUGGUAGAAUAUAUUUACAUAAAAUACUAUUUAAUAUUUUUCCCUGACCUAAUGUCUUAAAAAUAAGAUAAUAUACUUAGAAGUAGAGUUAAAUAUAUGUCUCAGACAAAGACCCAGGGAAUGUGUUGAUGUGAUAACGGCACCUAUGAUCUUUCCUGAGAUACCACAUCCCUUCCUGUAAAUGGUUGCAAUGAACUCCAAGCAGACUUUGAUUGCCUUGGCUUUUAAAGUAGAUCAGGUUCCAUCUGAUAUUUAGUGCUGCCAUUAAUGUUCGACUGUUCUGCGUCUGUAAAAGAGAGCUCUGUGUCUUGGUCACACUGCACAGCGCACUACGUUUGGGCAUUAUGCAAUUUAUGUGUUCAAAUUGUUUAACAUCGACUUUGAACAGAACAAAAAAUCUUUUUUCUUCUGAGGGAUGAAACUGUCGAGCGUGAUGUUCUUGAGGCCACGCCCCAAUCGGUGAUGUCACAGCAGGGGUUUUUGCCUUUGUGGGGCAAUGGAAAACGCCUGCUGUGACAUCACUGAUUGGACUGCGGCCAAAAGUACUGUGCGCUUUAAACUUCCACAGAGAGCCGAGAGAGACGGUUUUCCUCUUUGUGUUUCAUUGUGAAUACAGAUGGAAGCAGUAGUCUUGAACUCUUAAUAGGCUGAAAGUAAUUAUAAUAGAAAGCCUGAUUAUUGGUAGAAAUUCAAUAGCUUUGCUGAUAAAUGGCCAGACAUUCACCUGCUGAGGCCUCAUGGGCGUAGUCGCCCAUUGCGGAGCCACAAAGCCUUUAGCUGGAGAGUCUCUUGUCCCCUUAGAUCCAGACAUAAUCAUUAUUGUUUACAGAUGAGUUUAAAUUAUUUACUCUCCGAACUUGAAUUCAGUGGCAGGACCCAAAGAGCUAAAGAAAAACAUUUCUUUCUCAGAACAAUCGGACCAAUGUGUUUUCAGUGUUCUAAUGUACUUACCAAACAUCUCCGCCUGUUUGCUUUAGAGUUGUUUUUUUUGCUUUAAGCUGCUUGGGAAAGCAGCCGCUGUCUCGUCCUGUUUAUGUAUCACAACACUGAAGCCCUGCCAUUGGUUUAUCUCACCGGAGAUCAAGGUGACUUUGACGUGUAAUAUCCAAUCACAUUCCUUCCUAACUCCCACUGUUCAAAGCGGCUCCGCGAUUUAAAUGUUGUACUGUAAAUGCCCGAUGCAACUUUUCAGUGUAUUAUCAUUUGUGGGAGUGAGAUCUAUUUAUCAAUAUUCCUUUACUGUACAUAGGCGGUAUAGCACUAUGUACAGUAUUUGUAUGUGUUGUUUUUCUCUGUGUCAAAGUGUCCACCUUAACUACAUUGUACAAAUGCAGAUGAUAUGAACUUUAUGUUUUAGGAUUUAUUGUUUGUUUUGUACAUGAUGGCUUAUUUGCACACCUAACUCUCCAGUCCCCCCCCCCCCCCCCCCCCCUCAAUCCAUAUUGUGGUGAUUUUAUGUUAUGAUAACGUGGACAUAUCAAAUGAAGCAACAUGUUCUAAUGCAAAAAGCAUCAUAUGAACUUAAAUGCAGCAUCAUAAUGAGGGUUUAUUACUGUAUGCAAAGGGGAACACUAGUGUAGAUCUAACAUGGUGUGUUGGAGGUUCCCUUUCUCCAGAGCUACUGGUCUGAGGGUCAGCUCCUUGUCCUGUUUCCUACUGUUUUAUUAACAGGGACCAAAUGAAGCAUCAUACAGUGAUGAUGGAAAUAUAGUUAGGAUUUUUGUGACUGACCUAUGGCACUAGGCCAAUAGGGGCCUGCUGACAUCAGACUGUAAAUCCAUCUGUCUCUCUGAAGGGAGCCUAUGUCAUGAUGUAGCUGCAGUAUGACGGUGACCAAGGUUGUACCGACUGAAUUACAUGCCAGUAAAUCUCAGAGUUAUCAGUGUCUUAAGUGAAAGUCACAGGUCAGGUAAUGGACUGGCGCCUCCAGCGAUGCUGACAGUUCAGUACCUGCCUAUUCACGUGAGCUCAUCUUUAUGAAUUACUGUCGUUGUUUGCUUGACGUUGUGAUUGCCAGUUCAUCUCAUAUAUAUAUAUAUAUAUAUAUAUAUACUUUUAUUGUGAUCAUAAUGCCUAUGUGUGUUGUUGAGAUUAUUUUUAUGAUUUUGACCCCCCACCCCAAAAAAACCCUACAUUCUGUUAGUCUGUUGUUUUGUUGAACCUUGAAAAUGUUGUGCAAUUCCUUUUGUUUUACUCAGCUGUAAAUUCUCUCUGACCUUGAGCAUUUGGUUAUGUAUGUGCGUGUGUCAGGAUGUGAAGUGCUGUAGUUGAUGUGUAGUACUUAGUGUGACACUGAGGUAGUUUUUCUCUUUGAUUGUCAGAUCCAUGCUCUCAUCCCUUUCCUUCUACCUGUCACAGCCCUCUGCCCCUCCACUCUCCCCCAGCAUCCACCGCCAGGGUGCUGGUUAACGCAGAGGAGCUCUAAACACCAAAUGUAUGACCAAGAGUGUAUACAAUCACAGAAAGCACAAAAGAUUAGUAGGCACAAGAGACCACAUGACCCACAUUGAAUACUCAGACCAAGUCCUUGGAAAACUGCGUGCUGCUUUGCAGACACGGAUCAACAAUUUUGAUUUAUUUCAGGAGAAGAAAGUGAGUUUUUAGUCUCGUGAGAAUGUCUGUAAAACUUGUUCCACAGGGCUGAGACAACAGGUCAUUAUUAGAGACCCCACGUGAUGGUGUCCACUACGUUACCCAUCAGCGGUUAGUGACAACAUGUACAGUAUAUUGCCUACAUAUUCUAAAUGAAUCAGAUAUAAGAAUGUAACUUAGAUAUUAUCAGAUCUAUUAUAGUUAUAGUGAAGAGUUUAUUACAUUUUAAUCUUAAGAUUUGUGCUCUACACAUUCACUGAAAAAUUUAUGAACCAGCUCACUGAUAUGCAAUAAGUAGAAGCCACACACAGAUGGACACUAGGAAAAAAGAAAAGAAAAAGAAAAACACUGAACACAACCUGUCAAUCACAACAUCACACAAUGUAUGAAUAAUGCAACUGGGACCUCGGAGGCCUUCUGGGGUCGGAGCUCUCUCCACGGCCUCUGUUCUCUUCCUCCAAGGGGAUCUGUGCAUUAUAGCACUUUAAAAAUAACAAGCACCCCUUCCCCACUGUCCACCCACAGAGUGUCUCUCUAUGACAAAGAGGGUGUUAAUGAAUAUAUGUGGUGAAUGACACAGUUGUUUGUCCUAGAUAUUGUUUACAAUGAAAAUUGCAAUGAAAAAAAGACACAAAAAUGAAUGAAACAUUGUGUUCCCUGUCACGAUUUACUGUUCAAUAAACGGACUGUCCUUGAA